GGGAAGACAUCGCUGAUCACGAGGUUCAUGUAUGACAGCUUCGACAACACGUAUCAGGCCACAAUUGGCAUCGACUUCUUAUCAAAAACCAUGUACCUGGAGGACCGGACGGUCCGGUUGCAGCUCUGGGACACCGCGGGCCAGGAGCGCUUCCGAAGCCUCAUCCCCAGCUACAUCCGAGACUCCACCGUGGCCGUGGUCGUCUACGAUAUCACGAAUCUCAACUCCUUCCAGCAGACAGCCAAGUGGAUCGACGACGUCCGGACGGAAAGGGGAAGCGAUGUCAUCAUCAUGCUCGUGGGCAACAAGACGGACCUCGCGGACAAGAGGCAGAUAACGAUUGAGGAAGGGGAACAGCGAGCCAAAGAACUGAAGGUCAUGUUCAUCGAGACCAGUGCAAAAACAGGCUACAACGUAAAGCAGCUCUUCCGGCGUGUGGCCUCAGCUCUGCCAGGCAUGGAGAGUUCCCAAGAGAAGGGCAAAGAAGGAAUGGUUGACAUCAAGUUGGACAAGCCCCAGGAGGCCCCAGCAAGAGAAAGCGGCUGCUCGUGCUAGCCCAGGGCAGGCGGAAGCC